UUUUCGACGAGGUAAUGAAAAGAGAUCAAAUUGAUGAAUGAGUGAAUGUGUUCAAUUUUUUAAUUUGUUUGGAUAAUUAGAUCUAAUUAAAAUGUCGUACCGUAAUAAUGAUUGUCGUAUUUACGUUGGUAAUUUACCACCAGACAUUCGCACAAAAGAUAUUGAGGAUUUGUUUUACAAAUUUGGGAAAAUAACUUUUAUCGAUUUGAAAAACCGACGCGGACCGCCUUUCGCAUUCGUUGAAUUCGAAGAUCCCAGGGAUGCUGAAGAUGCUGUUCAAGCUAGAGAUGGCUACGGUUAUGACGGUUACCGCCUUAGAGUUGAAUUCCCAAGAGGAAAUGGACCAGGCCGUGGUGUUGGAGCCCCUCGUGGAAGAGGUAGAGGACCCCCUGCAAGGAGAUCCCAAUACAGAGUUCUUGUUUCAGGUCUGCCAUCAACAGGUAGUUGGCAAGAUUUAAAGGAUCACAUGCGAGAAGCUGGUGAUGUGUGCUAUGCGGAUGUUCACAAGGAUGGGACAGGAGUUGUAGAAUUUUUGCGUCAUGAAGAUAUGAAAUAUGCUGUUAAAAAAUUAGAUGAUUCAAGAUUCAGGUCUCAUGAAGGUGAAGUUGCAUACAUCAGAGUCAAAGAGGAUUAUGGCAGUCGAUCGAGGUCUCGAAGCAGAAGCUACUCUCCCCGUAGGGCCAGGGGAUCUCCAACUUAUUCUCCUGUCAAUCGAGCAAGAUCCCAUACACGUUCUGCAUCUCGCUCAAGGUCUCGUUCAUAAAUGCUUGGAGAACACAGACUCUACUUUUUCCAAGAUUGGUAUCUGCAUCAGAUACUGUGCUUUGCAUGUCUGUACGUGAUUUCUGUUUUACAGACUCUCAUUUAUAUUUUUAUAGAACCUUAUAUAUAUAUAUAUAUAUAGGACUCUUUAAAAUGUUUUCCAUUUGAAGUUCCAGCUGUGUUAUCACAUCAUUAAGGGCUAAGAAAUUUUGAUGCACAUUCAUAAAUAACACAUUAGAAUUCCAGUCCUUCAAUAUUUUCUUAGCUGAUGGUUGCUUUAUAAUAUCUCUCAUUAUAGUGCAAGAUAAAAUGUAAAUAGCAAAAACAUUAUAAAUUGUGAGUUUCCACUUCCAGUCUUCUGAUUUUUUACUACAUUUUUAAACUCUUUACAUGUAGUUUCCCUGGGCAACCGCCUAUUUUAUCAUACAAUGAAUUAACUAUUUUUGAUCAGUUAAUUUUCUAGCAAUGCGAAUUUUUACUGUGCAAAGUAUGACUCAAACUCAUAAAGAAUAAAGUUAUGUUAGAACAUAUAGUAAAGUUCCCAUAGAAUGUUAUAAAAGGAAUUCUCUGAAAAAUGACAAUAUUAAAGGGAAUAAUUAGUAUUUUCGCAAAACAGGUAGUGAACAUCAAGUGAAAGUUUAGAGAUACAGUCGAGUCCCGACUUACGCGAGGGAUGCUUUCCAAGACUCCUUACGUAAGUCGGAAUUUCGCGUUGUGGAGAAAUAUAUGUAUAAUAUUUUUUUAGAAGUAUACCGAAUUUUUUUAGGCACUUAUAAACACCCCUCAAAUUGCUUUAAAGCAUUUCUCAACUAUGCACGAAAGUUUCUUACAUAAAGAACUGAAUUUUUACUGUAUUUAAAAAUAAAAACUUUUACUCAACAUGAAUAAAACAUGAAAUAAAUUUGUUUAAUGUUCAAGCAUAUCGUGAGUCUUAGUUUUUUUCUUACUCAUAAACUUUCUCUUUCUUCCCAUCUUCGCAAACUUUAGAUGAAGGUACCACUAAGGUGCCGUUAUAUUUCAUAAACUUUAAUAUUUAGAAUGAAAAAAUAAAGAAAUGAGAUACUGAGUGGUUAUUUGAUGCACUAACAAUGCAAUGCGUGGACUAGUUUGGGGUGGGAAUUUUCGCUGUCAGUGAUGCUUAAAGGGAUAUGAUAACAUUCACGAAAUCAGUAUUUAGUAACCAAUAAUGAAGCCAGUUAUAUUCGUGUUGUGGACGAAAAAUACGCAUUGGCUCUAAAAUUUGUUACUCGUGGAAAAUUCGCGUUAUAGCCAUUUCACGCAAGUCAAAUCGCGUUGUAGCGGGAGUCGACUGUACAAGUAAUUUCUCUUUUCCAGACUGCAACAUUUAAUAUAUAUAUUGCAUAAGAGACAUUUCACAGUAUUUUGGACAAAUGUAGAGUCUGUAUCAUGACACUUUUUUUACCAUAACUAUUUUAUUUAUCGUUUGGUUUGCAAAUUAUUUUAAUUUAAGUUUGUGUAUCGGUAGGACAAACUGAAAAUAAAAUGGGUUAAUCAAACAGUAAAUUAAAAAGUUAUGGCAAAAAAAUGUUAUGUUAAGGAUUCGACAUAAUUCUCCAAAAUACCGUGAAAUGACCCAUAAUCAGAAGUCCUCUUUGGAAAAAAAAAUUAAUAAAAUGACAUUUUUAAGAAUGCAAAAUAGCAGAUACCAAUUUUUUAGAUCCAUGUGCCCAAAAUAAUGUUGUGAUAAACAGUAUAAAUAGGUUCACUUGAAUUGAAAUAAGUUGUUUUCUUGCUCGAAGAAAUAGGAAUGAGGGGAUGUUGGGAUCUUUAAAUUGUCUUUGAUUUAGCAUAGCAGGAAGUUGUGGAUUUUCAUUUUGUAUAAAAUUGUUGAUUAGGGUUUCCUGACGUUUUUUUUAAUAUGUGUUGUUUAAAAAAAAAGUUGCUGAUAUGUUAAACAGUGCUAGUUUUCUUGUAAUCAAAAUUAUAAAAUUUACUGUCCUCUUUUUUUUUUUUAAUAAUAAAUAGUAUGGUUUAUGGCUUUAUUCCUUUUGUGGCUAUAUUUUGAAAGGAUUGUUUAUUUUUCUCUAUAUUUAUUUUACUUUAACUCAUUGGCCCAAUUCUGUUAUCUAGGUUUUGUUUUAAUUCCUAUUGUUACAUUUAGUAGUUUGGGUAAUUUUUUGCCUUGUAUUUUCACAGAAAACCUUUUUAACGAUCAAGUUAUGGAAACAUAUUUAUGUUUUAUUAAACCGCUGUUUAGUUAUCUGAUGUAUGGUAUCCUAAAAAUUAUAUCUGACAUUGCAUGUACGUGCUUAGAAAUAAUAAGUAAGAAUAAUGUUAUGUUCAAACUUUAAAAAAUAUUAAUUAAUUUUCAAUGUUUUGGCUUGUUGCAUAUUUUAUCCUUUUAAGUAGCUACUAGUAAGGCAAGGUAAUGAGUUUUAAAUGUGUUUGAUAAUUAAUAAUAUGAUGAAUGUUCAAAGAGACUUGAAUUUGAGGUCAGUUCAUGAUUUAUGAUUAAGGAUAUGUAUCAGUGAUUAAAGUACUGGCAGUAGUAAAGUGGUGCAAGAUACUAUAGAGAGACUGUUAAAACUUUCUGAUCUUUGUCAUCCAGUAGAUACUUAAUGUUGUGUGAAUGUAUGUUAAGAGUACCAGCAUUAAUAGUUACUGUCAUUUUUUAAAUGUGUAAUAAAGUGUUUGUGUUUUAUGUUGAUGUAAAAUUUGCCUUUGUGAAAUAAACUAAUCCACAUUUCACUUAUUCUCAGA